GCUGGGCCGCAGGGUGAGGGCACGCGGGGAGAGGAGCAAACUCAGUUUGGGGAGGGAAGCAGCCCCCUCGACAGCAUAUCCGUUCCACGGAGAAGGGAUUUUCUGUUUUUCCCUGCUUUAGUUCACCUCAGCGCAAACUAUUUAACAGCUGUGAUGGCACAGGCUCUAACGAUCGGACACACAUCCUAGGCACGUACGCUAGGCACCUAGUAGUUGCAUCAUACAUAAUAGUACUGUGAAUGAAUAAAUGAACGAACGAACGAACGAACGCAGAUGGAGCCUAGUGAGAUGAGUGCAGGGAACUGCCCAUGGUCAGUCUUCCUCAGACCAGGUGACGCCUAGGCAGGGAGAGCGCCCCUUGCGUGCUCAGCCUGGACUCUAGCUCAUGAAGACAGCACACGGUGAGGCCUGCAACCCCAGGCUUCUAGGAGCUGUGUGGAGGGGCUGAGGGUGGACACCAGAGCACAUCAAGGUGCCUGCUGGGAGAUACUCCAGGCCUUAACCACCACGGGAGGAAGAGUGAAGGCCAUCUGCAAGGGCAAGGCCCCCUGAGCUGUUCCAGACCCCGCUUCCCCACUCCAGGCUGAGUCUCUGAUGAUCACAAGAGUGAGUGGAGAAUGCGCUUCCUGCUCGGUCAGAGUCCAGCCUCUCAGGUGCAAGAACCAGCCAAUGAGGUGGCCAUCCAGGGAAGGCCUGGUCCCUGGUGGUGGAGCAGGCCCUGGGCAGUCUCUCCUGGAUGCCAGGCAGAGGCUGAGAGCAGAGGCCACUUCGAGGCUGCUCUGGACAUUCAAGGCCGUUGUGGUAGCAGGGUGGCCCAGAAGGUGUGCAGGGACACUUAGCUCUCUCUCUUUCUCUCAUGGACUUUGAGAUUCAGGCUCAGCAGUCUUCCAUGGCUCCUUAUCACAUCCGCAAAUACCGGGAGAACGACCGCACACGAGUCCUGGAUGUGUUCUCCCAGGGAAUGAAUGAGCACAUCCCCACCACCUUCUACCACAUCCUGAAGCUGCCCCGAACCCUGGUGCUCUUGCUUGGGGUGCCCCUCACCCUCUUCCUGCUCUCUGGCUCCUGGGUCCUGGCCCUUGUAGCCAGCCUCAUCCUCCUCGCUGCCCUGAGAUUCCUCUCCAGAUACCCCUGGACCAAGUUUAUAGUCAUGUCUUUGCGCACAGAUAUGUCUGACAUCACCAAGACCUACUUGGGCAAGCCUGGCUCCUGCUUCUGGGUGGUUGAAGCUGAGGGGCAGGUGGUGGGCAUUAUGGGCGUUCUGCCUGCCACCCUGCAGAAGGAGAAGUUGCAGCUGCUUCACCUGUGUGUGGCCCCAGAGCACCGAGGCCAGGGGAUAGCGAAGGCCCUGGUCAGGACUGCCCUCCAGUUCGCACGGGACCAGGGGUACAGCCAAGUCAUCCUCAUCACCUCCAUGCUGCAGCACUCGGCCCGGGCCCUCUACCAGCACAUGGGCUUCCAGAAAACACACCAAUUCUUCUCCUCCAUGAGCUGGAGGCUAGUCGCUGUUCCUACAGUUGGCUUUGUCUACCACCUCCCCUCUGCUGGGGACUCUGAGGCACAGGGUCUGGGAGGGGGCCCGUGAUCUGGUUCCUUGUGGCUCAGCCCGGAGAGGGCCAGCUCUGCUGAGGUAGCAAGCAAACCCCAGAGUCUCAAUGUGACAGCACAGUGAAAGCUUACUGCUCGGUCACGUGGGAACCCAGUGGAGUUGGCAGUGGGUGGCCCCUCAU